UUUUUUUUUUCUUUUUCUUUUUCUUUUUAUUUCUUUGAAUUAUAUACAAUGAUGUCCACUACGACAAAACAAGAUGAUAUAAAUUUAACUACUUCUCAAUGUGAAACAGCAAGACGUAUUGUACAUGAAUUAAGUCGUGUUUAUAAAUGGGAGAAUCCUCUUCGGUCUGGUACAUUAUUUGUUACCCUUAUAGGCUUCUUUAUCGUCACACAGCAUUGUUCUCUCUUGCAGAUUAUUUGUGGCAUUUUAAUGCUUGCUACAAGUAUCAAUUUAGUGUAUGUCACGAUGAUUCAGUUUUCCCAAAAGGUUAUUUCAGAUCAUCCUACAGCACAUCAUCCUUACAAUCAUUUGUUGAAUCAUUCUUCAGCUUUAUUAAGUAAAGAUAGUGCAGCUUAUUAUAGUUCAGUUUUAGUGGAUAUAGCAGAGAUAAUAAUAAGAUGGAUAGCUCGUAUUAUUUUAAUUGAAGAUAAAAAGAAGAGUAUCAAGUGGUUAGGUCUAUUUUUUAUCAUUUGGAAAAUAUCAGCUUAUAUUUCAAGUCGCGUCAUCCUUUUGACUUUUCUUAUUUCACUCUUCAUCUUCCCUAAACUUUAUAUGAGUAACAAAGAUAUAGUGGAUGCUCGUUUUCAACAAUGUCGUGCUUUAUUAAAUGCUCAACUUUAUUGUGUUCAACAUUUUGUUUGUGUACAACUUGAUUCUAUAAAGAAAUUAGUUAAAACUUAUAUUGCGAAAAACUCAACUACUGCUACUACCCCUGUCACUGAUAAUAAUAAUACGAUUGUAGAUAAUGAUAAAAUAACAUCUGAUACAACCGUAAACUCUACUACGAAUUUGACUAAUAAAAAAGACGAAUAAAAUAUGUAUUUUUUUUUUUUUUUUUUUUUUUUUUU